UGGGAGUUCAGAAAUCGCACUUUUGACAGUUCGCUUAAACGAACUCAAAAAAGUGUGAUUUCGCGAACUCGAAAAAUGGUAAAAAUCGCCAAAAAACGAGUUCAGUUAUGCGAACUCCCAAAAGUGCGAUUUUGGACUUAGCGAAAUUUUUGCAAACUUUUUGAAACCUUUCAUCAUUUCAUUUUGACAUUUCUGUUAAGUUUUCUGGUAGAGACAGAUCGCGGAAUGGAACAGAGAUCCGGCGGAACCUUUGCCACUGAAGAACGAGCUGCUGUUGGCGGACGAUCCACUGUUUGCAACCGAAGUCAACUUGAUAAUACUGGAACUGCAGAUGCUAGGCGAAGAAGGACUUCCGGAAUAUGUGCUUACCCGGUCGAUGAAGUACUGUCCAAGGCCAACAAGCUGUGCACGGGAUUCGUCGGCAACGACUGCUCAGCGCCAAACAGGACAAAAAUAAACACCGUAAGAAAACAUCCGCAAGCUCUUCGACAUGGCGUCCUUUCGUAUUAUUUUUAUCACCAUUUGCGAUGGAUCCCUCGUUCCUACCAAGUACGCGUUCUGGACUCGACCACCCUCAAACUGGCCAACUCGGACAUUCCCGGAAUCCCGGAAAAAAACAUCUGGACGCUAUCGACUGACGGGAAUCCUCGAUCCGGAUCAUCUGCUAGACGCGAUCACGGAAAAGACGGCCUUGACGCAUUGUCUUACCGUGGAGCGCUGUGGCCAGAGGAGAACGUCGCGUGCAACAAGUUCAACUCGAAGAUCAUCCAGGGUGAGGUCAGAUCUGAAGCUGGUGGGAAGUCAGACGAGUGCGCACCGGUUCCACAAGGUCGUGUGGAGUCCGCUGGAUUUUGGUACGGCCACGAACCCGAACGGGGUCAUCGUCGGUGGUUGCGAAGCUGGCAUCAUCCAGGUUUACAGCGCUUUGAAGCUGUUGGCCGGGGAGAACGCGCUGAUGGCUCGGGAGCGUCGGAGUCGGAAAUCUUCAUCUGGGAUCUGAACAUCACGGCGGCGCCGAUGAGCUCAGGAACGAAGGCGCAACCGUUUGAGGAUGUUCAGGAUCUCACGUGGAACCGACGGGUCCAGCAUAUCCUGGCCUCCGUCUCCAGCUCGUGUUCCCCCUCCGUUCAACUGUGGGAUCUCCGCUACGCGACUGCCCCCACCAAAACCUUCCACAUCCACCAGCGGGGUGUCCUCGGUCUGACCUGGUGCCCGAAGGAUUUCGCCCUGGUCGCUUCCUGCGGCAAAGACAACAAAAUCCACUGCUGGAACCAAAACUCCGAAGAGCAAAACGGGGAAAUCCUCUCCGAGCUCGCGACCCAAAACCAGUGGAACUUUGACGUGGCCUGGUGUCCGCGCAACCCGGCGCUCAUCGCCGGUUCCAGCUUUGACGGCAACGUAACCGUUUAUUUGAUCAAUGGCGGAGCGCACGCCCAGGUGCAGACGGUGAACAAAAUAGCCGAUUCGUUCCCCGGAGUGGACAGCAUCGAGCACGAGCCGGUUCACCCGUUCGCAGGACAGCCGCACCCAUCUGAAGAUCUGAAGCGACCGCCGGGAGCGUGCUUUGGGCUCGGCGGCAAGCUGGACAUGUUCAACGGAACGAGCCGCACCGUCAUCGUGAACCAGGUCGUAACGGAUUGCGAGCGGAUCGAACGCUCGAACCGUCUCGAGCAAGUGCUGGCCGAGGGCACUCGCUCCGACGCCUGCGUGAGAAGGAACUUGAAGGAUUGCUGGGAGACUUCUCGGCUUGACUGCGCGAUCUAAUGCCGGGGACAUUUGAAGCGACCUAAAUUUUCUCGAAGCACCAUUUAAUAAAAAAAAAGGUUUUUGUUUUUAUUGUUGUACUAUUUUACACAUUAAUAAAUAAUUAUACCGUUGUGAUUUUAUUUUAGUUUAUAAUUAAAAUUAUUUCAAUUCCAAUCCCUCAAGAAAAACCAGAAAGCGCCCGAAAAUAGGCAACAUCCGAACAGAUUUGAUCCAGUGAAAUAUUUCCCCACGCUCGAACUCGGCAAAUCAUGAAAAUCAUGAUUUUGCCAGUUCGACCCACUUUACCAAAAAAAGUGUUAUCCGAGUUGAACUCGAAAAAUCAUGAUAAUUACCAUUUUUUUGGUUUUAUUUGGUAA